AUGAUUCGUCCGCUCGGUGCAUCAAAGCUGCAUUCGCCUCUAGCCAUCCUACUCUCGCUGCUCGCCGGUGCAUCCUUGACCACCACCACGGCCAACGACAUCGCUUGCGGCCAGCGACCCAUCGUCACCUCCGGAACCAUCGCCCACGGUCAACCCAGCUGGCCAGGACAGUUUCCCUGGCAUACGGCAAUCUAUCGAUCCGAGCAGCUGCUCACCAUCUCGUACGCUUGCGGUGGUUUCGUCGUGGGUGACCGGGCGAUAAUUACGGCCGCCCAUUGCGUCACAGCCCCCAGCGGCUAUCAGCUGGCGGCCGAUGAGCUAACCGUUCGGCUCGGUUUGCACGAUCUGCUCGUCCUGGCACGUCACUCCCAGGAACACCGAGUUCGACGGGUCCAUCGACAUGGCAACUUUUCGGCCGGAUCACCUCGCCACGACGUAGCUCUUCUGACGCUGCGUACCAACGUCGAGUUUGGUCCAUUCGUGCAACCCAUCUGCCUGCCUGGUGCGGGUCCUGGACAGGAAGCAUUUUCCACGUUGCGGUUCGGAACUGUGACGGGUUGGGGCUGGACGGAGGAUAACACACCAGCUAGGACGCUCCGGUCAGCCUCGGUUCCGCUGGUCAGCCACAUCCGGUGCCUGGAAACUGAUCCGACGCUGUUUGGACCCCUUCUGCACGAGGGCAUGUUUUGUGCGGGUUGGGAAAACGGAACUAACGUGUGCAAUGGUGACAGUGGAGGCGCACUGGUGGCCAACGUUAAUGGCAGCUGGACUGCUUUUGGGGUCGUUUCGUUCACGGGACUCCUGGAGCCAUCCGAUGACUCUCCGUUGCGCUGCAACACCAAGAGCCUGGCGGGUUUCACUAACCUACUCCAGUACCAGGACUGGAUCGAGUCCAUUGCUCGAUCGGAAGCGGUCACUCUGUCUGUCUCUGUAGCCAUUCAGCAUCAGCCGCCGAUCGAAACGCCUGGCAGGAUUAGCGAAUCAAUGUGCCGCCGGUAUCGUGUGAAUUGUCUCGGCAAGGACCUCUCCUACCUGGCGACAGUCGUCCAUCCUGUUCAGCCCCCACACACCCUACUCGUGAUUGAUUGCUUUGCCGUGCUGAUAAGCGACCGCUUCCUUCUGGCACCGGCCAGCUGCCGAAAAGGGCCAUUGGGCGCAGCCCCGACCGGGCAAUUCAUUAUCCUGGAGGUGGCCGGCCAAGCAAUGGACUGCCGCAUAAAGACGUUCCAUCAACACCCGAAUUUUGUCAACAACAACCCACCGACGGAGCCGCAGGACCAAAGCAAUCUCGCCCUAAUCGAACUGGAACGAAAGGUGCCCCUGUCCACCUGUCAGUUUGUGUGCCUUUGGACCGGAGGUGGCGAAAGCGACACGCUGCCUGCCAUCACACUUUACUCGGCCGUGAACGGCACAACCGGUGACAAAUCGAUCCGCCCUUCGGAGGGCCGUUGCUACGAUGAGCUGCUGGGACCGAUGGUCAUGCUGGGCGAACCGGAAGGUGCCCGGGUCGAUCGAUUGGUGGGCAUUGUUCUGUGGCGGAGUUGCACGAAAAUUCGCUUCAUCAGGCUCGACCCCUUCGUUGGGUGGAUCGAGUCGGUUGUGUGGCACAAUCAAAAUGGGCCUACAUCGGAGUAG